AUGAUAGUCACCGACCUCCAGUCCAUCAACCCUGCUCUGACACAAAGCAAGCUAGGUUGGGGACGCCGGGAUUCUGCCUCAUGGCAACGUGGCAUCAUCACUGCAUUUUUUAUGCUAGCAUGCCCGGUCAUAGUCGUGCUACCGUGGAUCGCACUUGAACAAUUUGACAAUUCAAUCGUGGCUACGAUUUCCGCAUUACUUCUUCAGGGUCCCGUGCAGUUCCUGUGGACAUACUAUCCGCAUCUCAGAUUCGACGUGCUCUUCGCCUAUCUCGGAUGGGUGGUCUUUCAAGGGGUGCUAUACAGUAUUCUUACCGGGAAUGGAAUACAUCGAGGCCAGACAACGCCAUCGGGACAUAUUCUAGAAUACAAAGUGAAUGGGUUCGCGGCCUGGACAUUGUCGGUGACAAUAGCAAUUGGAUGUGCGUGGAUGGGGGUGGUUGACCCGAGCAUUAUCGCUACACAUUGGGGCGCUCUCUUAGCCACUCUGAAUGUCUACGGAAUUAUAAUAACAGGUAUAUUCUAUAUUAAGGCUCAUCUAUACCCGACCCAUAAGAGAGAUCGGCGAUUCAGCGGCUCCUUUUUCUACGACCUCUAUAUGGGCAUCGAGCUAAAUCCCCGCCUCUUCGGCCGGUACUGGGAUGUGAAGCUCUUCCAUAACGGACGGCCAGGUAUUAUUGGUUGGGCACUCAUUGAUCUUUCGUUCAUUGCCCAGCAGUAUCAAAAGCAUGCCAUCGUCACGAACUCGAUCAUCAUCACAUUUAUCCUCCACUUGCUAUACAUCGCCGACUUUUUCCACCACGAGGACUGGUAUCUCCGCACUAUCGAUAUCGCCCAUGAUCACUUUGGCUUCUAUCUUGCCUGGGGAUCCUCUGCAUUCCUACCGUCUAUGUAUACACUUCAAAUACAGUAUCUCGCACGGUCUCCGCUUGAACUAAGCCCUGCUUUGGCAGCUUUAGUUCUUGCGGUCGGAAUCGGAGGAUACUACAUAUUCCGGUCAGCGAACAACCAGAAGGACAAUUUACGAAAUUCGGGGGGUAAAUGGCAAGACUCGGAGGUGAUUGAGUGCUCAUACACGACUGCGGAUGGGGUGAAGCACCAAUCAAUUCUUCUGUGCUCAGGGUGGUGGGGCUUUUCGCGACAUCCAAACUAUCUGGGUGACUUGUUGCUAUCGUAUGCCAUGUGCGCCACCUGUGGGUUGAAUCACAUUUUGCCAUGGUCCUACGCGGUUUUCAUGACAAUGAUUCUGACACAUCGUUGCCUGCGUGAUGAGGCAAAAUGCUCGAAGAAGUACGGCGAGUACUGGGAGGCCUACUCUGAGAAGGUACCAUGGAGGCUGAUGCCAGGGGUUUGGUGA